UAAUAUUUUAUGACAUGAUUUAAUAACUUACACGGUGUCGUCCUGCAUGAAAAGUUCCGGUCGUUCUUUCAAGAGGUUAUCUUUCAUCCAAAAAAGUAGCUUCUGUAUAGUCCCUGCAAAAUUUCAUGUCACGAAUCUGACAUCAAGAUUUCACACAGAAAAAUUUUAUAGAACUUACAGUCGCUUCCCGUAUCAAUUUCCACAAUGUCGGGAAAAAACGAACAUACUUCGGAGAAAGCCGAGGCGAAAAUACAUGCGGAAAAUCACAAUAAAGAACAAUUGAAAAAUGAAACAAGCAUGUUGAACAAUGAGACGGAGCAACUGAUGUUAGAAGAUGAAGAAAUGCCAACGUAUAUUAGCGUAUCUUCACCGUCAAAGCGCGAAGAUUCGGAUAUCAAUAAUACAAAAGAGCCGGACAGAAUCCCAAUAGAGGAAGACCACAGUCGAAGUCCUUAUCCUACUGAUGAUCAAGGAGGAGGUAGUAUCUAUGUGUUGUCUUCUGGUGAAGACAGUAAUCAUCCAUAUAAUGAUGAAGAGGAAGAUGAAUAUGUAGAUAGUGAAGAUAUGGAAGAAAUGGAUCUUGAAAAUGAGCAUGAUAAUACAAUGUUGGACGAUGAAGAAGAUGAGGACGAAGACGAUGAUGAUGAUGAGAAUCCUUUGAGACUGCAUAAUGAUGACGACGAAGAUAUUGAGACAGAAUAUGAACCAGAAUGUUUUGAUAGAGUUUCCGAUGACUUUGUCUUAAAUAAUAGAUUAAAGCAGCAUCAUAAGGAAAGAAGUUUAUCAUUACAAGAUCUAAGUACUUUAAAAAACAACAUUCAUUCAUCAUAUAAUAAAAAGAGGCAUAGUUUAAAUAUUUUUAGGCAUAAUUAUUUAGGUAUACAACAAAAUCCAAUAUUCUAUCCUGUUGCACAAAAAAGGCAAAUGAUGAAGUAUCAACAUGUAGAAAGUAAAGUGAAGCAAUACAUAAAAGACAUAAAAGAACAAAAUAGAAAGUCAAUGGAAAAGCGUAUGAAAGAACAGGAAUUUAUAAUGAAUAAAAAUCAUAAUGAAAAAACUGAAAACAAUGAUCCUGAACAAUUGAAAACAAAGGUUACAAAUAGAACUAUAAAAGAUUAUGCUGAAAAAGCGAUACAAGAUUUACAACGUGAUGAAACUGAAAAUGAUAAUCUAAUGUACAAUACAGAACAAAUAUUAGAGAAUGGAGAAAAUAACAAAAGCUUUAAUAGAGUCAUUGGAAAUCAAUAUAAAUACAUUCGAAAGGAUUCUGAAUACAAUGAUAUAUCAAAUGAAUUGAAAAGUCAGGGGUCAGUCAAAAAUCAAAGUCAGAGGGAUGCAGAAUUUUUUAAUUUGCAACGUGCCUACAAGAAAAUGUUGGCAGAAAAUAUAAAACGUGUGCGAAAUUCUGAUAAACUAGAAAAACGAAAUGGUUCUGUAGAUGUUAAUACUCAUCAUAUUGAAUAUCAAAUUGAAAAUGCUUUAGAGAGAAACAUAAGAUUUGGUAUAAAUCAGUCUUCUUCAGUUAAUGGUCACCAGGCAACGCCCACAUUUAUUAAUUUACGUACAUUAAGCUAUGAAGAAUAUAUGCGUGGUGCCUCUAAUACCGAACAAAAAGAAGAAUUACCGGAUCAAAGACAAGAAAAAACAAACGAAUCUGAAAUAUAUAAUGAAGCAGAAAUGAUCAAUGCACAAGAAAUUGAUAACAGCAAUACUAGUUACCCUUUGAAAAUUGAAAGCGUUGAAAGUAUCGGCGCAAUGCAAGAUGAACCAGGAAAUUUUGGAAAACUCAAUGUAACUGAAAAAAUGAAUGUCGAAAACAUUGAAAUAACUGAAUUGAAAAGUCAGCUUAAUCAAAAAGAUGCAGAAUUUCUUAAUUUGCAAGAUGCCUACCAGAAAGUAUUGGCAGAAAAUAUGAAAAUGAAACAAGAAUUAGAUGCUUUAAAACAAUCUUUAGUAAAAUAUAAAGAUCAGAAUAAAACGUGUGAAACGAAAAUUGCAUCAGUACAAACUGAAGCAGUUGUAGAACCUGUUUCUAAUCAAAAUACUGUAAGUUCAGGAGAAAUAAAUAAUAAAAUAUCCACUAGUAGUGUUGCAUCUACAAUAAGCUCUAUUGAUCAAUGGGCAGAUAGUGCUGGUAGUCCAGCUAUAUCCAUUAAACUCCCUGAUCUGACUCCAAUUCUUAAUUCUGAUGAUAGUAUUGUCCUCACUGAUAGAGCUACUCCAAGAAAGAUAGCACAUCCAUUUUCUCGAACAUUUAUUACUUCAUCUCGAAUUUUGCAAACACUUUCAAAUAUACAAGGAAAGACAAAAACUGAAAGUCCCUUAGCAAGAAACACCAAAAAACGAUUAAAUGAAAAUUCCACAGAUCAACCAUCGACUGUAGAAUGUAAUUCUCCAAUCCAUGCAUCAAGUUCCAAAAAAAGGAAAGCAACAGAAAUGCUUGGUACUUCUACAUUUACUCAACCUUUCAAGAUACCUCAUACAACAGUAGAAUCUGAGAGAAAAGAUACAUCUGAUGUAGAAUUUAAAUAUCCUGAGGAACAUACAGUGUCAAACACUGAACAAAAAGAAAAGGGAUCAGUCAAUAAAGAUAGCUUAAUUGAUCAGUCAAUCAAUGAUUUCACGCCUGUAGAAACUAAAGUAAAACAGAGAGACGAUCACGAAGACAGUGUAAAAUGUUUCAUAUACAGGGAAGAUGAAAAUAGUAAAAAUAGAAGUUUUUUAAUUCAGGCAGAAGAACCUACAAAAGAUGGAUUAGAUACUGAAAAGAAUCGAAUUCAAGAAUGUGGUCCAUAUUUAUUAGGUAAUCUUGAAGUAAGAAUGUCUGAAAUAAAUGGAACGAUUAGUGUUUGGGGUAAAGAAAUAGAUCAUGAGUCUACAAGUGACAAUGAGGAUGAUCUGGAAGCCUGUGAAAAAUUAUCUGAACAGAAAAUGUGUCAUUAUUGGCAAAAUGCAUCACAAACGAGAUUUAACGGAAGUCCACUUGUAUGUUCAACUAAUAAAAAGCAGAAAGUUCCAAGUAACAAAUUCAAUAGAUCCGAUAUUUCUCAAUGUUGUCAUUCUUUAUCAUUAAAUUCAUCAAAAAUAUCUUACUCUGAAGAUGAUAUAAAUGACAAAAGAGAUAUGAAUAAUUCUUUCAGCCCAAGUAUUUGUGUUCCUUCUUGUGAAAACUGUAAUUCUUCAAAACAUCACAAAGAAUGGACAUGCAGAAAUGCGUCGAGUUCACAAGAAAAAUUACAUUCCUGUUGUAUGCAUCACAUUGAAGUCAUAGAUAAAGAAUGUAGUUGUAGUUCAUGUCAUGAGAAACAAAAACAUGAUGUUAGCUUUAAACAUUGUAAAGAUAAGUUUCACAGCAAAGAAGUUCGUAGGAAUUCAUGCAAAAAUACAUUUCCAUUAGAUUUGAAAAAUUCUUUACAUGAAAACAAUCCAAGCACCACUGCCGAACUGAGUAAUGUAACUAACAAAUAUGCGUGUCGAUGUUCAAUUCAAAAUGUAUCGGAUAAUAGACCACAUUCAAGAUGUUGCAGCCCUAUUAGAGAUAUUUCAUGUACGUGUAAAUCAUCCUUGGACAAUACAAAUAAUCAUUCGGACGCAAUACUAAGUAAUCAUCAUGAACAUUCUGACAAACACACAUGUAAUCGCUUUUCAAAUAAUGGUGAAGAAGAACCUCUAAUCCCAAUUAAACGAUCUAGUGAAACGCUUGAAACGAGACAACGAAGACUGAGUGGUAAAAGAGUAAGAGGAAUUCUUAUGGAUCUUUUAAAAGGAUGUGGAGAUUGCCGUAAUAAUAGUUCUGCUGGUUUAAGUAAAACUGAAUAUCAGAAAGAAACACCCUAUAUGAUAAAUGGUCCUCCACGAAUUAAGGUUUCAUCUCUUACACCCGAGCCUACAUGUUCUACUUCUACGCAAUGCAACAAAUGUUGUCAUGCAUAUGCACGCCGAAUUGAGUCUCAACUUGAAGAAUUUCGAAUGGAAAUGGAAAGAGUAAGAUCGCGAUCUGAUGCAAUAUUAAAUAUGCUCAAUAUGCUUCACUCUGUGGAUGCGAAUUAAUGAAACUUAUACAAUUCUAAAUAAGUGCUUCUUUCCUUGUACAGAUCAUUAUUCUAAUUUCUUUAAGUCGAGUUUUGCACUAUUGUCAUAAAAAAUUCUUAUUUACUUCUUCUAUUUCAUUGCAUAUAAGGAAUACAUGAACAUUUUGUUAAAAUAUAUAAAUAAAAAUACAUGCUACAUUGUACC